AUGAGGCUCCAGAUCCGGCCUGGUCAGCUGGAUGGGUGCACGAGGCUGCUGCUGAUCUUCCUGGGCCUGCUGUGGGGCUCGGCAGCCGCACCCCAGGGCCCGCAGUGGCCCGAGCCCGUGUUCGGGCGCCUGGCGUCUCCUGGCUUCCCCGGGGAGUAUGGCAACAACCAGGACCAGCGCUGGACCCUGAGGGCUCCCCCCGGCUACCGCCUGGGCCUCUACUUCACCCAUUUCCACCUGGAGCUCUCCUACCUCUGCGAGUAUGACUUUGUCAAGGUGCCGACGGAGCGGGGGGUGACCCGGACCCUCUCGGGGGCUGGGGGCUCCCGACGAAGGGGCCCCGUGGUCGGGGGGUGGCUGGGCAGGGACACGUGGGAGCGGGGUCUGGCCUCCGAGGGAGGGAAGGAGGAACGGAGAGACGGCGGGCCUUGCGUCUUGCCCUCCCUCCCUGUGACCCCGACCCUACAGCUGAGCUCAGGGACCAAGGUGCUGGCCACGCUGUGCGGGCAGGAGAGCACAGACACGGAGCGGGCCCCCGGCAACGACACUUUCUACUCGCCGGCCUCCAGCCUGGAUGUCACCUUCCACUCCGACUACUCCAACGAGAAGCCCUUCACGGGCUUUGAGGCCUUCUAUGCGGCAGAGGCCUCCUCACCUCCCCGAGGCUGGAUUCCUGCCAAGCCAGCGGGAGAGAAGUCCGCAGAUCAGUCCAACACCAUCCCCGGUGCAAAUAUCAGUGACAGCCAUGCCUUCCGCCCUCCGACUGAGCCUGACGACAUCGACGAGUGCCAGGUGCCCCCAGGAGAGGCGCCUCCUUGCGACCACCACUGCCACAACCACCUGGGUGGCUUCUACUGUUCCUGCCGCGCGGGCUACGUUCUCCACCGCAACAAGCGCACGUGCUCAGGUCAGGUCUUCACCGGCCGGUCGGGGGUGCUCAGCAGCCCUGAAUACCCACAGCCGUACCCCAAACUGUCCAGUUGCUCCUACAGCAUCCACCUGGAGGAGGGGUUCAGCAUCAUCCUGGACUUCGUGGGGUCCUUCGACGUGGAGACGCACCCUGAAACCCUGUGCCCCUACGACUCCCUCAAGAUUCAAACAGACAAAGAGGAAUAUGGCCCAUUUUGCGGGACGACGUUGCCCAGCAGGAUUGAAACAAAAAGCAACGCGGUGACCAUCACCUUUGUCACGGAUCGGUCGGGGGACCACACGGGCUGGAAGAUCCACUACACCAGCACAGUUGUGGAUUGUGGCCCGCCGGAAGAUUUACCCAACGGCCAAGUGCAGUACGUCACAGGUCCCGAAGCGACCACAUACAAGGCGGAGAUUCAAUACCGCUCUCGGCCUUGCCCUGGUCCGGUGGCUCCACCUAAUGGCCGCCUCGCGCCUGUGCAAGCCCAGUACGUCCUGAAAGACCGCUUCGCCGUCUUCUGCGAGACUGGGUACGAGCUCCUGCAGGGUCGUCUGCCCCUCAGGUCAUUUGCUGCCGUGUGCCAGAAAGACGGAUCCUGGGACAAGCUGAUGCCGCAGUGCAGCAUUGUGGAUUGUGGCCCGCCGGAAGAUUUACCCAACGGCCAAGUGCAGUACGUCACAGGUCCCGAAGUGACCACAUACAAGGCGGAGAUUCAAUACCGCUGUAACGAGAUCUUCUACACGAUGAGAUCGGAGGAUGGUAAAUAUGUGUGUGGGGCUGAUGGAUUCUGGACGAGCUCCAAAGGAGAAAAAUCGCUCCCAGUCUGUGAGCCUGUUUGUGGAAUAUCAACUCGCACCGUAAGAGGGCGUAUAUAUGGAGGGCAAAACGCAAAGCUUGGCGAUUUUCCCUGGCAAGUCCUAUUACUAGGUCGAACUACGGCUGCAGGCGCACUCCUACAGGACAACUGGAUCCUCACAGCAGCUCACGCCGUGUAUGAGCAAAAAGAAGAUGCCUCCUCCUUAGAGAUCAGAAUGGGUGCCCUGAAGAGACUGUCAGCUCAUUAUACACAAGCCUGGGCCGAGGCCAUUUUUAUACAUGAAGGCUAUACUCAUGAUGCUGGCUUUGAUAACGACAUAGCACUGAUUAAGUUGAAGAACAGAGUUGUAAUCAAUAGCAACAUCUUGCCUAUCUGUUUGCCACGAAAAGAAGCCGAAUCCUUCAUGAGGACAAAUGACAUUGGAACCGUGUCUGGAUGGGGAUUAACCCAAAGGGGUUUUCUUGCCAGAAGUCUAAUGUUUGUUGACAUUCCAACUGUCGAUCACCAGAAAUGUACCGCUGCAUAUGAAAAGCAGCCCUAUCCAGGGGGAAGGGUGACAGAAAACAUGCUUUGCGCUGGCUUAGAAGGCGGGGGCAAGGACAGCUGCAAAGGGGACAGUGGAGGGGCAUUAGUGUUUCUAGAUAACGAGACACAGACAUGGUUUGUGGGAGGAAUAGUGUCCUGGGGUUCCAUGAAUUGUGGGGAAGCAAACCAGUAUGGGGUCUACACAAAAGUUGUUAACUAUAUUCCCUGGAUCAAGAACAUAAUUAAUAACUUUUAA